AUGUCCAGCCGUGCCGCGCACCAGGAAGCGGCGGGGACCGCGGGAGCCGCGCGGCAGGAGCGGGGCCUGGCGGGCGCCUUCCCCUUGGUGCUGAAGAAGCUGAUGGAAAAUCCGCCGCGGGACACGCGCCUCGGUGAGGGCGGCGGCGGGAGCGCGGGGGGCUCCGGGCAGGGCGGCCGCUGCGGAGCGAGCCGGAGGGUUGGAGGGGAACGGCGCGCGCAGAGUCGCAUCCAUUUUGCGGCGCUCUGGCGCCCCGGUUUGUCCUUCGCCUGCCAUGAUCCGGGCGGCUUGUUUACGCGCCUGAGAUGAGCAGCACCAGCCCCUCCUGCACGCUUACGAGGGAGCAAGCCUUGCCGUGCAAACGUGCCUCGGGUGGCACCGCAAGGGGUCGUGGCGGAGGAGGCAAAACAACGGCUCCUCCCGCAGCGUUAAGGGGCCGAUUUGAUCUCCCGUUUCCCCAUAACCACAGUGGCAGCGUGGCUGCCAAAACUACACACGGAAAGGCCAGGCGCUCUCUUCGCUGCGCCGCCCUUCCCGAUCCAGAGAAACGAGCUGGAGACAACAGAUGGGGAUUUCAUCAGGGCUUCAAGCGAAUACUCUUUGCAAAUAUUCAAGGUUGAGUUGCGUGGGGGGAAGUGAGGGGGAGGCAUUUGCCCUGGUUGUUUUGAUGCUUCGUGGUAUUCCAGAGAUGGAGGUGCUUCUGGUUAACGUAAGCAUGCAUACGUGUUCUGGAGCCGCCCUUCCCAAGUGACACACCUGCAUGCACAUUUCUCCAUCAACAUUCCAAGAUGGAUGUGAAUGUAAAUCUUGUUUUGUAGAUGUGGCAAGGAUGGCUGACCUGCAUUUGUCUCUUGCAAUUCACCUGGCACCACAACACCUGUCUGAAUUUGGAUGGAUGGUAGAUUUUUACUCAUGGUAGAUAAGAAGAAAAUCUACAAUGGACAGUUUGCUAACCUCAGUAGUAAAUGUUAGCUUUCCUCCAGUUUUGGACAUUCACUGGAGCCCUGUUUUUAUUUUCUCAAAGCUCCCUGGUUUCUAGUCUAGGUGAUAAAAUUCCUUCCCUGUGCAGAAGGUCUGGAGUGCUGUAGAUUUGACACUCAAAAUAAUGGACACCCAAAAGUAUGUGAUCUUGUGUAUUGGGUGAAGCAUGCAGUGUGGCUUUGUUUAAAAUCUUAUGGAAAGGUGGUUCUUUUAGUAUUUGAAAUACUUAAUGCAAAGUAAAUGCUCCAGCAUUGUGCCUGCUGCAGCCCUUCCCUAAUUCUUGCCAUUUAUUUUCUAUUACUGUAAUAAAACUUUUUACAUCUACAUAUGUUUUCAGAAGUCAACUGAUUUUCCUAAGUCUUUUUUCUUUUCUUUUUUAAUCAUUUUAGUUAAAGCAAAGGAGAAAAACAUAAAAACAAGUAUCAUGCAUACAUACUGUUGCAGACUAAAUAUGGUAGCAUAAGUGGCUGACAACAUUUGAGCAGAAUUAUUAAAAUUCUACUUUAUGCAAACCCUCUUCUCCUCUUUCACCACCACUUCAGCCAGCCAAACAAGCUUUUUUUCAUAGGUUGUCCAGAGAGGGGCAUUAUUUUGCAAAUGGGUUGUUUGAGAUCUAAUGUUUGUGUGUGCACAGUUGCUAUGUAAGAGUCCACACCCUCUGGGUUUUUUCAGUCACCAUAUUAAUUAUUGUUGCACUUCUUGAUGUCCACACCAGUGGGAAAGGUUUGGCAGUAAAUAGCCUGGGUUAGUUUGAGAACCACUGUACAGUGGUGCCUCGCAAGACGAAAAGAAUCCGUUCUGGGAGUCUCUUCGUCUAGCGGUUUUUUCGUCUUGCGAAGCAAGCCCAUUGACGGAUUAGCGGAUUAGUGCUAUUAGCGGCUUUUAGCGGCUUUUAGCAGCUUAUCAGCUUAUCGGAUAAGCAGAUAAGCGGCUUAGCGACUUAGAAAAAGAGGGGGGAAAGGAAAAAAAAAACGCAGGAACUCGCAAGACAUUUUCGUCUUGCGAAGCAAGGCCAUAGCAGAUUCGUUUUGCGAAGCACCUCCAAAACGGAAAACUCUUUCGUCUAGCGAGUUUUCCGUCUUGCGAGGCAUUCGUCUUGCGGGGCACCACUGUAUUAUAUAUCCUAGAGCUGUCUUCCAGGUUUUCACAAUUUCCUGUAUGGCCACCACUAAUAAAAAAAUGAUAAGAUCCAUGUACAGAGCCUGUCUCCAUGUCACUAAACAUUGACAAAUGUUUCUCCCCCUUUUAUUGUUUUUGGACUGCAAUUCUAUAUAUUGGAAGUAGGUCCCAUUUAAUACAUUGAGGUUUAUUUCUGAGUAAACAUGCAAACAAUUGCACUGUCAAAGAAACACAUUAAAAUGCUUUGUCAUAUGUUGAUCACAUACAGUGGUACCUCGGGUUACAUACACUUCAGAUUACGCACUCCGCUAACCCAGAAAUAGUGCUUCAGGUUAAGAAAUUUGCUUCAGGAUAAGAACAGAAAUUGGGCUCUGGCGGCGUGGCGGCAGCAGGAGGCCCCAUUAACUAAAGUGGUGCUUCAGGUUAAGAACCGUUUCAGGUUAAGAACGGACCUCCGGAACGAAUUAAGUACUUAACCUGAGGUACCACUGUAUAAACUUUUAAAAUGUAACAUGGCAGUAGUAGCUGGGAAGUUAGAAUGUUUAUCUUCAUGUGAUUUAUUAACACUAUGUGGACAUGUCUUCCCAUUUAGGACAGUUACACUUUUACAGCUUAUCUGCCACAUCCUCACUGGUGACUGGAUGUAAACAUAUAAAAGGGAAAUGUAUGUCUCCAAACAUGCAGUGGAUAUGAGUCAGCCAGUUGUGGCUUCUUAGUGCAUGUUUACCAUAGCAUCAAAGACAGACAAAGUAAACACUCACUUUGGUGAAACCAUAGUACACUACUUAGAAUCCAGGGUUUUAACGGUCUUGCUGUGAGUUGAGGGGCUGGAGUUUGGCUGUGAACAUAGAUGUUUAUAGUUAUGUGCUGAGUGUGCACACCAGUGUUCAUUCUGAUAGCUUAGACUCAAAGUCCAGUGUUGCAUUUUGUGCAUAAUUCCGACCCCCAUUUGAAAAGGGAUGUUUCUAAUCUUAAAUGGUUCUGUUCUGGCACCUAGCAUGUGCCUUCUGAUAAGUGUAUUGGACCAUGAUAUUGUUGAGUAACUGAGUGGUGUAUAUGUUUGAACCAUGAUUAUAAUUCACCAUAAGAUUAAAACCAUCAUUUCUUUUUACAUUUAGAUAAAGAGAAGAAGGAAAAACUUGAGGAAGAUGAAGCGGCAGCUGCUAGUACAAUGGCAGUCUCUGCCUCCCUCAUGCCUCCCAUCUGGGACAAGACAAUUCCUUAUGAUGGGGAGUCUUUCCACCUGGAGUACAUGGAUCUGGAUGAGUUCCUGUUGGAGAAUGGAAUCCCUUCCAGUCCUACUCACCUGGAUCUGAACCAGAACCCACUGCUGCCUGUGGCUGAGCUGGAAGGAAAAGAACCUGCCAGUGUUUCUGCUGCUACCACCCCACUCUCAUCAUCUUCCACAGUGGUUUUCCAGCCAUCAGAAACUACCACAAGUGCAGGUAUGUGUAAUGAUGCCAAUCUGAAUAUUUCCUAAUCACAAAAUCAAUAUAAUAUAUUUGCCUGUUGUGCUUUAAUGCUUUUUCAUUUAAAGUGGAGAUGGAUGGUUAAAAUAGCUGUAGCAAGUCAGCUUAAACUUGUCCAUGUAACUUGCAUUGCUUCUGCACCAUAGCUCAUUAUUGCUGCUAGUGCAUUGCUUUUACACUACAUCAACUACAGAGGCCUUGCCCAAGUGACUUUUGGGUGCCCACCCAUGAAUGAAAGUAACAUUAGAAUUAGACCUCCGCUGCAUUAAUUGUGCUUCUGGAACUUUUGCACAGAGACAUACCCUAACAUUGGGAUCGUAGUGUAAGUCUGUUCUAAGCUUUAAGUGAGCUGUACUUUCAGACAGAGCAUGCUCUUUUACAAAGCCUGUGUGUGUUUGUGUUUCUUAACACAACAGGUAGCUUAAUAAAUGGUUGUUGGGAGAUGUAUGUGGAAUAUGGAACUAUUAUCUGAAAAUGUGCAGAGUCCCAGUCAUGAUUGCUACAUCCAAACGUCUUCUGACCAAUAGACAUACCUUUUCACAAGUCCAAGUUCUCCUCUUCGUAGUUUACCAUCCAGACAGCGAAGAAUAGCACAAUGUUAUCCUUCACAUGACGAAACAGAGCACAUUAAUACCCUGCAUGUCUGGCUAUCUGCUUUGGCAGACGUGAUGUUGAGGGGAAUUGUUUUUCUUGAAAGCAUGAAUUUGUUAGCUGUUUUCAUAUGCAAUUAAUCUUAUUUGACAGAUGAACUAUAUAUAUAUAAAUAUUUCUUAACAGGAUUGUCUUUACACUCUUCUUGUAGGUGUUACUGCAUACAAGCUGGUACACAGUUUGUGGUAGUUAACACAAGAAGACUGCAGAUGCUGGAUUCUGGGAAUGACCCCAUCUAUCCCGGAUUCAGAACAAAUUCUUAAUGGAUUGUUAAUUGGGAUUAAUAGCCUCCUCCGCACUCACUCACAGGCACACUCAUACCUGUCUGUUCUAUGGGACUCCAACCAGGCUGGGACAGUCCUGUGGCUUGACAUUAGAAGAAGGAAUGUACUUUUUAGUUUUGCUGUCACCUUUCAAUUUGCUGCUGUCCAGGUUUCCUUGCAUAUCUUAGGUGUAUUUCCGAAAUACCAUGGAUUGAUGUGGUUAUAUUUUUGGUGAGUUAAAUUACCGUAUUUUUUGCCCUAUAGGACGCACUUUUUCCCCUCCAAAAAUGAAGGGGAAAUGUGUGUGCGUCCUAUGGGGCGAAUGCAGGCUUUCGCUGAAGCCUGGAGAGCGAGAGGCAUCGGUGUGCACCGACCCCUCUCACUCUCCAGGCUUCCAGAAGCUAUCCACAAGCCUCCCGCACCUGGCAGUAGGUCCCGCCGGGCGCGUGAGGCUUGGGGCGGCAGCCUGCAUCCCGAAGCACGGGGUGCCCUCCGGAGGACGCCCCGUGCUUCGGGAAGGUGUCCGCAAGCCUUGUGCGCCGGGCAGGAGGUCCCGCCGGGCUUGCAAGGCUUGCAAGCAGCAGCCUGUUCUGGGGUCGGGGGAAGCUUGGGCUUCCCCCGCGCCAGCCCCGCGCCUGGGGGGGGAAAAAUAAUUUUUUUUUCUUUAUCCCCCCCAAAAAAAACCCCCUAGGUGCGUCUUAUGGGGUGGUGCGUCCUAUGGGGCGAAAAAUACGGUAGGUGACCUGUGAGUUAAAUUAGGUGACUAGGUGACCUGUUAACUGACCUUAAAUUGAUUGUAUCCCAGCUCCUGCUGCAAGUAUCAGGGUGUUUUGGUGGGAUGAAAUGGGUGCACUAACUCCUGUCACAACAGCACAGCCUUAAGGCUGCUUUAUAGUGAUUUUAUCCCUAUGGUCUUUUAAUUACCCUCCUGUAACUAAGGGUGGCACUGUGGGUAAAACCUCAGCGCCUAGGACUUGCCGAUCGUCAGGUCGGCGGUUUGAAUCCCCGCGGAGGGGUGUGCUCUCGCUUCUCGGUCCCAGCGCCUGCCAACCUAGCAGUUCGAAAGCACCCCCGGGUGCAAGUAGAUAAAUAGGGACCGCUUACUAGCGGGAAGGUAAACGGCAUUUCCGUGUGCUGUGCUGGUUCGCCAGAUGCAGCUUGUCAUGCUGGCCACGUGACCCGGAAGUGUCCUCGGACAGCGCUGGCCCCCGGCCUCUUAAGUGAGAUGGGCGCACAACCCUAGAGUCGGACACGACUGGCCCGUACGGGCAGGAGUACCUUUACCUUUACCUUUAACUAAGGUCAAGGGUAUGUAACUAAAAUCACACGUUCUUCCCUUGCCUUCUUCCUUCCUCUCCCAUGGGUGUCGCCUUUGUGUCUAGAUUUAGACCAGAAGUCUCUUGGGGUGAGGACAUGUCGUAUCCUCCUUUGUAAAGUGCCAUGUACAUGGGGGCGUUAAAUAAAGGGGGGCUGCUUUUGACCCUUUGGUUUCCUUGUUGCUAUGUUCCUCACACUGACUUCCUAUUUCAUUUUUUUUUUCUUUGCCAGAAUCCUCACCAGAUAACGAGAGAUUGACUCCCAGCCCUGUUGAUCCAGAGUGUGUUGAGGUUGAUGUGAAUUUCAACCCUGACCCUGCUGAUUUAGUGCUGUCCAGUGUUCCAGGAGGUGAGCUCUUCAACCCUAGAAAGCAUAAGUUUGCUGAAGAGGACCUGAAACCACAGCCUAUGAUUAAAAAAGCCAAGAAAGUCUUUGUCCCGGAAGACCAAAAGGUAACACCUGGUUUUUAUCACAGUGUUAGAAUGUGAGUUAGAGAGCAGUGUUCAUGUGUAAUUUUUUAGAAUGAGUUAUUGCAUAGAUGGGAGGUAAUAAUGAAAAGGUUAUUGGAAGCUGGUUUGUUCACUACUUUGUUGUUCUGGUUCAUAGUACUGGUAUUUCCUACAGCCCCCCCCUCUUUUUUAGUAAAUCAGCUGACCUCUUUUGACCCAUUGUAUUGUUUGUUUGGUACAGAGAUAUGAGCAAUGUGAAAAUGCCUUCAUCCUUCUCUAGCAACUACCGUGUGUGUGUGUGUGUGUGUGUGUGUGUUAACAUAAACAUAUACAUGCUAUAUGUGUAUAUAUAUUUUUAUAUACAUAUUUUUAAAGGUCACCAGCAUUUGGUCAAGCAUAUUUCUAUAUUUCAACAGAAGUAUAGUGUCCUGAUCAAAGGAAGUAAUAGAAUUAUUCUAUUUUGCCUUGGUCAGACCACAUCUUGAGUACUGUGUCCAGUUCUGGGUGCUACAAUUUAAGAAAGAUACAGUAUUGACAAGCUUGAACUUAAGCAAAGGAGGGCAACUAAGAUGAUUGGGGGUAUGGAAACAAAGUCUUAUGAGGAAGGGUUGAGGGAACUGGAUAUGUUUAGCCUGGAUAAGAGGAAACGUGAGAGGAGAUAUGACAGCUAUCUUCAAAUAUCUUAAGGGCUGUCAUAUGGAAGAUGGAGCAAGCUUGUUUUCUCCUGCACUGGAGGGUAGAACCCAAACCAAUGGAUUCAAGUUACAAGAAAGGAGAUUCCAACUAAACAGUAGGAAGAACUUUCUGACAGUAAGAGCUGUUUGACAGUGGAACAGACUCCCUCAGAAGGUGGUGGACUCUUCUUCCUUGGAGGUUUUUAAGCAAAGGUUGGAUGGUCAUAUGUCAUGGAUACUUUAGUUGAGAUUUCUGCAUUGCAGGGGGUUGGACUAAAUGACCCUUGGGGUCCCUUCCAACUCUACAGUUAUAUGACUCUAUGAUUGAAUAAAGCAAAAUUACAGUAUGUCCCACAAAAUCCUGUUAUAUAAGUAAACCUGUUGAAGUGGAUGGUAACCACUGGAGCUGUUUUAAGAUGUGUUCUGUCUGUUGAUCAGGACUGAUCAAUCUAGCAGAUGGUUUCCUGUGCCAGAUUUCUGAGUAGUCCCUACAUAUGAGACACAGAAAUUAUUCUGGAAGUUACUAGGGCAUAGAUAACUCUUGCUAAGCUGGGUUGCAUAGCUGGUCAUAAGAAGAGGCCAAAUGGUAGGUACUUUUUGGCUUUUUGAUACCUGAAAUAUUUCACUAUUGAACUGAUUAUUUUCUCUCUAGGAUGAAAAAUAUUGGACUAGGCGGAAGAAGAAUAAUGUGGCUGCCAAACGGUCUCGUGAUGCUCGUCGCCUGAAAGAGAACCAGAUCACAGUCCGAGCUGCCUUUCUGGAGAAGGAGAAUACAGCUCUGAGGACCGAGGUGGCAGAGCUGCGAAAGGAAAUGGGAAAAUGCAAGAACAUUGUCUCUAAAUAUGAGAGCAGAUAUGGACCCUUGUAAGCAAACCCUUUUCCCUUACUUUGUUCCUUGGCUUGCUCUGUUUCAAUAGAGACUAAUGUUUGUAGCUCGGUUGUUCUGUAACCCUGAACAGGAUCCACUUCUUCUGACACAACUUGGUCAGGCACUUUCUGAUCCUUGUGUUGCAAUAUGCCAAUUUUUAAUAUUUAAAAAAACAAAUUUAACACAUAUUAAGAAUUUGGUGUUUCUAAUCAAAUAACACUAAUUUGAUGAUUUGAGGAAUAAAUCUGUCUAUGUUGCUAGACUGGCAGGUGUUUUACUGCUGUCAUGUCUGGAAUGGAAGGCAAAUGGUUCGAAAGUAUUUUCCUUUAAAACAAAUCAUAUAAUGUGGAAGGAAUCAUGCUGAAAUAAUUUUGUAAUUGCUCCCUUUUCCAAGUUAUACAUAUAAAAUAAUAUGAUGUGCAGGACUGAUAGUUUUCUCUUACUUUGAGAACAAGUAUGAAUCUUCUUUUCAGUUCUGGGCCUUUUGAUUCUUUUGGGCAGAAAUGAGGCUUUGGCUUCAAUCCUAACCGUGACUACUCAGAAGUAAGUCCUGUUGAAUGCAAUUGGACUUACAAAUAAGUGGGGUUUAGAUUGCAACCUUAUCAGCUGUGUAUCUGUUCAAACAACACUGCUGUGGGUGUAUUACUUCUGAAAAAAAUUAUAAAUUCCUUUGCAUAUUGUAAAAUGGAAGCAUUUCCUCUUAAUUGAUUUGGAUUUUUUUACUUUCAUUUAAGCAAUUUGUCUCCAAAUCACUUGCAUUAGUUUUUUUAACUAAUAUGAGUGGCUGUUGAGAAAAUAACCAUAUUCACUUAAAUUACAGGUUCAAUUCAUUAUAGUAAAUUCCUGCACUUAAUUCUUCAAAGCAGUAUAUUCUUAUUUUUAUUAAAAGUAAUGAGCCACAAUAUUUGUGACCUAGAGUUGUAGGGUAAUAUUAGUCCUGGGAGAGCUUGCUUUAGACCCAUUAAAGUGAUGCUUUGCUACAGUGUUGGUUCUGACCUCCUGACCAAUAUAAGAGGUGGGUGGGGCACACUCCCUUGCUGCAAGCUAUUUAAUUUAUUCAUCCUUUUGGGUUGCCUUGCAUAUGGUUUCCCUGACAGCUGCAUGUCUUGUGUCUUAAGCAUAUUUUAGUGCUUUUAUUGAAAAGAACACACAAGGCUUUCCCCAUAGCUGCUAAUAGCUGCUAAUAACCUCCUCCAGCUAAAGCAGCAUACAUUGGUGUAAUACUGGAGACCUUCUUCAAGGCCAUUGGUUGCAAGGAUACAUAAGAAUGUCAGUAAUACAGAAGUAAAUGGGUACCUUGAAUUUUAGCAGAGCCAGUUCAGGUGCACACAUCCCCUUGUAGCAAUUUUUUUCAGCAUGUAUUACGCUUUGUUAAUGAUCAAGGAGAGAAAAAUGCCUGAAUGCUGAACUAGCUUUCAGGCAGAAUGGAGGUUUUUCUUAAAGGCAAUGUUUGGGACAUUGCUGCUGUUUUAGGAUAAUAUAAUCUAGGUGUGCUGCAGCCAGUAACAGUCCUCUGUUGUGCCCACCCACCCACUUUUUAAAGGGAGGUCACGUUAGUGGUCUUAAAAAACACCAGGUAUUGGGUAUGGAUCAACAGUUGGACAAGCUCUACCAUGGCUCAUUGAUAGAAAUGGGAAGCAGUUUAAUUUUGUGCAGUUAAAAUAAAUUUCCUAGAAUUGUUGUUCCCUCUCGUGAUACCUUGACUCAGCGGAGUGGUUUUACUGUCAGUGCUCGUGUAAUGCUCCCCAAGUAGUCUGUUACCUUUAUAAUGGGGAAUUGGUAACAUCCCUGAGAGUGAAUGUAACAAUAUGCUGUUUUAAAAAUAGUCAUAUUCUUGCUUUGCUUUGUUUAAAGUGACUUAUCCGAUUCCGAGUGA